AUGACUCAAAAAAUACUCUGUGCAGCACCGAUUUUAAAUAUACCAAUUUCUAUUCUUGAAAAUGACAUUAAUCAUCGUAAUGAUAAAAAACAACAUCGUCAUUUAAAAGAAACAAAAGAUAAUAAUCAAGAUGAUGAGCUUAUUUUCGGAGCAUUGGAUGAUGAAGAUUCUUCGAAAAAUGAAAAAUCACCAUCAACUGACGGAGGUAUUCACCUUCAUUCAUCUAUUGAACGAACACAAAAAAAACGUGAACGUGCACAUUCAUCAAUAAGUACAGUUGAUGAUGAUUGGGAAAAUAUGUUACCUAUUACUGAAGGUGAUGGUCGAGUAACUUCUAAUAAUUCUCUUCAAUCAAUCAAUGAAAAAAGUUCAAAAGAACAAAUUAUUGGUAUGUCUAAUUUUCGUGCUAAACAUCGUUUACGUCGUCGUUCAAAAACGAAUAGUCUUGUUCGUUGGAAAGAAGCAGUAAAAAAAGUUGUACAACUUAAAGAUCCUUGGCUUGAUUUUAUGGUUGAUCAAUAUCCAGAAGAACAUGUAACACGUCAUGAAUUUGAUCCCAUUAAACGUACAUGGCAUAUGAGUCAAAUUAUAAUUAAAAUAGAAUCAAAAGCAUUUGCACAUGGAAGUAUGAGAGAAUGUUUUCGAUUAAAAAAACUUUCGAUUUUUUCCACGCAUCAAGAUUGGGAUCAUUCAAGUAAUUAUAUUUCUAAACGAUAUAUUGAAAAUGUACCAAUAGCAAGAUAUUUCGAUGAUGUUAUGAUGCAAAUGACAACAAAAUUAUGGGCAACACAUUAUAAUGAACAUAAUCCACCGAAAAAAGUUGAUAUUGUUCAAAUGAGUGUGUUAGAAUUUAAAGAUCGUGUUGGUCAACCAUAUUAUCAUCUAGAACGAUUUAUUGAUGGCGACUAUAUAAAAUAUAAUUCUAAUAGUGGCUUUGUUUGUGAUGAUGCAUUACGCCAUACACCACAGGCAUUUAGUCAUUUUACAUUUGAAGCAUCAUGUCAUGAACAGAUUGUUGUUGAUAUUCAAGGUGUUGGUGAUUUAUAUACUGAUCCACAAAUCCAUACAAGUCUUGGUUUUGAAUAUGGCGAAGGUAAUCUUGGUAUUCGUGGUAUGGCAUUAUUUUUUUCUACUCAUGAAUGUAAUCCAAUAUGUUCUCGUCUCAAUUUAACACCAUUUGAUUUGACAGAUAGUGAACGUGAACAUAUAUUACAACAACAUUCCUUAAGUCCAUCAUAUAAUUUGAAUUUAUGUGCACAAACAACAUGUCGUGGUUCUGAAGAACCAUUAAAUGGUCUUUCAAAAUUUGGUUCAUUACUUCGAAAAUUACGUUCUCAAUCAUCAAUAUCAGAAGAUGAAUCCGAUGGUUAUGUUUCGGAAGCAUCAUCAUUAACAGCUGCUACUGCUCAAUUAUUAGAUCAUAAUUUAUCAUUACCAAAACAUGGGCAAUAUAUGACAACAUUUAGUGAAGAAAAUAUUCCAUUAGCAUCAACAACUACGAAAUUAAAAAUGCCAAUAUUAUCAACAUCAAUUAAUAUGAUGCCAACUUCAUCACCAAAUUAUUAUGCACGUUCACAUUCCGAAUUAAUUUUUAAUAUCGAAGAUAUUUACAAUGCUCAAACACCAAAUAAUUAUGCAAACAAUCAUCGCCCUUCAUCGGUUAUGCUUGAAAAAGCUCACCUGGGUAAAUUUCAUGAAAUGUCUGCUUGCUAUGAAAAAUAUGAAAGUAUACUUGGACAGAUUCAUCUUGAAAUGUGUAAAUAUUAUCAAGUUGGUCGAUUUAGUGAAUUAGGUUCUGAAGAAUUUGAUGAAGCAUCUGCAUUUUUUCAUUUGGAAUUAUCAGCUGAAUUAUGUGUUAAAGAAGGUAUUUUUGCAUUAGCAAAAAUUUAUCUAGAUUUCCCAAGAGAUCUUCUAUCGCAUUAUUGUCCAUCGGAUUCAACUAAUCUGUUUCAAAAAGGUUUAGACAUGAUGAUUCGUGCUAGUGAAUAUCAAGAAACAGAAGCAAAUCUUCAUUUAGCACAACUCUAUGAUAAGGGUGUCAAUGGAUCAUUAGAACCAGAUUGGAAAAAAGCAGCUGAAUCUUAUGAAAAAUAUAUUCAUAUACGUGAAAAGGAAUUAAAUAAUAUUGAUGAAGAUAGUGGAAUUAAUGAAUCAAAUCAAAUUAAAUCAGUGAAUAAUGGAGUACCAUUUCAUGAUCAAUAUGAUAUUGUUGCUCAAUUAGCAACUCUCUAUAAAACAGGGGGAAAUAAUUUGUUGUGUAAUUAUCAAAAAUCAGGUGAUUUAUUUAAUAAAGCAGCAGAAAUGGCCACGACAGCAAUGAAAGGACGCCUUGCUAAUAAGUAUUAUAGCGCAGCAGAAGAAGCCUAUGCAUUAGAACCCGAUGAAGAAAACGAGAACAGUUAA